CGGCCAUGUUGAAUUUCUUGCAACGCAGGAAAUGUCAGCUGGCGGUUGCCGUAAUUAUUCAUUGUAAAAUCUGUGAUAAAAGAUUUACUCGAAGAGUUUUCUGUGAUAUAUUAUUUUAAUCAGCAAUAUAAAAGACCACAAUGGAAAAUUAACAUACAAGGGAAAAUAUGAAAUAUUCUCAAAAGUGGCCUGCGAUUUCACUUGCAUUUUUAUGGUUUGUGACGAGAUAAAAUGCUAAAAACUCUGACUGAACUGUCUUAAUUAUUCUUUAUUUUCAUGUUGUUAUUAAGUGUUAUCAAGUGUAAAUAAUAAACGCAAGUGUGUUAUAUUGUUGACCCCAUAUCUUGAUUGCACCUGUCACCUGGGGAUUUUAAGUUCAUUUGUACCAUCAGACCAUUUAAAGGAUUAUAUUAUACAGCUAAGAAUUCGUAAUAAAACAGCGAUCAUGAACGGAUCGGAAUCCGGGUUCAACCCGGCAUUUAACAUAGCCACAAUAAAACAAGUUGUAAAUGAAGCAAUAGAGAGAGUCGCGCCGGUUUCAGUACGGAUGCAGACUCCUACGCGUCUUAGGGAUCUAAUUCGUCAAAUUCGUGCGGCUAGAACGGCUGCGGAAGAAAGAAGUGUUGUGAAUAAGGAGUGUGCUUAUAUUCGAUCCACGUUUAGAGAAGAAGACAGUGUUUGGAGCAGAUGUCGCAACAUAGCGAAGCUCCUAUACAUCCAUAUGCUGGGUUAUCCAGCGCAUUUUGGUCAACUGGAGUGCCUCAAACUGAUAGCCAGCCCUCGCUUCACGGACAAGAGGGUUGGAUAUUUGGGUGCGAUGCUGCUAUUGGACGAACGGCAAGAUGUACACUUGCUCAUUACUAAUUGCUUGAAAAAUGACCUGAACAGCAACACACAGUUUGUUGUCGGACUAGCGCUCUGUACACUGGGGGCUAUCGCGUCACCUGAAAUGGCGAGAGACCUCGCAUCGGAGGUGGAACGUCUGAUAAAGUCCCCAAACGCCUACAUCAAAAAGAAGGCGGCCUUAUGUGCCUUCAGGAUUAUAAGAAGAGUACCAGAUUUGAUGGAGAUGUUCUUGCCGGCUACAAGAAGUCUUCUAACUGAGAAAAAUCAUGGUGUUCUUAUCACGGGCGUGACCCUUAUCACGGAAAUGUGUGAAAAUAGUCCGGACACUCUGAAUCACUUCAAAAAGGAGAGCGGACAGCGCGAGAUUGUGCCGAACCUGGUGCGAAUAUUGAAGAACCUCAUACUUGCUGGUUAUUCACCGGAGCAUGAUGUUAGCGGUGUUUCCGACCCAUUCCUUCAGGUGAAAAUUCUCCGCCUGCUGCGAAUACUAGGCAAAAACGAUGCUGAAGCUUCUGAAGCGAUGAACGAUAUUCUUGCCCAAGUCGCCACGAAUACUGAAACGAGCAAGAACGUUGGCAACACAAUAUUAUACGAAACAGUACUCUCCAUCAUGGACAUUAAGUCUGAGAGUAGCUUGCGUGUGCUGGCCAUAAAUAUUUUAGGGCGUUUCCUUCUUAAUAAUGACAAGAAUAUACGAUAUGUGGCGCUCAAUACACUACUGAGGACGGUCCACGUUGAUACGUCAGCGGUUCAACGGCACAGAACAACUAUAUUGGAGUGUUUGAAGGAUCCAGAUGUGUCCAUUCGUCGUCGCGCGAUGGAGCUCUCGUUCGCCCUAAUCAACAGUCAGAACAUCCGUGUUAUGAUGAAGGAGCUGCUCCUCUUCCUGGAGAGGUCUGAUGCUGAGUUCAAAGCGCAUUGCUCCAGUGCAAUGGUUCUGGCCGCCGAGAGAUAUGCGCCGUCCAGCAAGUGGCAUUUGGAUACGCUGUUCCAGGUCCUAUUGAAGGCUGGGAAUUACCUUCGAGAUGAUACAGUAUCGAACACGAUACAAAUAAUAUCGUCUGCUCCCGGUGAGAGGCAAGCGUAUGCGUCUCAGCGAUUGUGGAUCUCUUUGGAAAGAUCAGCUGUUUGUGGUGAUUCUACUGAAAAACAGCCGAUUAUACAGGUGGCUGCUUGGACGAUAGGAGAGUACGGAGACAUGUUGGUGUCGGAAGCAAGCAACGCCAUAUCCAUGGUCGAUGAUGAUGGAAUUGAUGAAUUUGUCCGUCCGUCGGAAGAGUACGUGAUCGAUAUAUACCAGAAGUUGUUAUGGUCCACGCAACUGUCGAUCACCACGAAGGAGUUCCUUCUGUUAUCUUUGGCCAAGCUGUCAACUCGAUUCACCACACAACCCAGCCAAGAUAAAAUACGCGUCAUCGUUGAUACAUUCGGCUCCCAUAUUCACAUAGAGCUGCAACAACGUGGUGUUGAACUGUCGCAGCUGUUUAGACAAUAUGCGAACCUGCGACCUGCGCUCCUAGAGAGGAUGCCAGCCAUGGAAGUGGUCAGCACGGGUGAGAGAGACGACAGCGACACAGAAAUCGAACCAGCUGCGCCAGCGCACACUACGCAACCCGAUCAGGACGCGCUGUUGGAUCUUAUAAUCGGUUCGGAGCCAUUGUCCAAUGGAGAUGUUGAACACGCACCACCUGCCGCUAACAAUAAUACUACUAAUGAUAUCCUCGAUCUCCUAAGCGGUCUGGACCUAACAGCGCCCGCUCAAGCGCCCAUGGGUGUAAUGGGCGCCCCUAUCACCACGCCUAUGAGCGUAGCAAACAACAAUGUUUCGCCCCUACUUGACGGCCUAUUCACAUCGCCAGCCCCAAUAACACAGAUGCAAGCGCCUGAUACCAUAGUAACAGCUCUAGACCGUAAUGGGCUCAAAGUAGAACUGCACGUUCAACGCGGAGGAGAGACGGCUACUAUCACUAUGAAGGCGCAUUCCACUGCUGACACCGCUAUGAGCGAGUUCCUCUUUCAAGCAGCCGUGCCCAGAACAUUCCGCCUGGACAUGAUGUCUCCAUCGGGAAGCGUACUCAUGCCACAAGGAGAGAUCACCCAACUUCUAAAAGUCACUAAUCCUUCUAAGACUCCGCUCCGUCUAAGAAUAAGAAUAUCAUACACGAUCGAUGGCAACCCAGUAUUGGAACAGGCCGAAGUCAACAGUUUUCCCACGGAUUUGUUCAACUGACGACCUGUCUAUUUCUAGUGCGGACAUUGGUACUACUUGCUGGAUGUUGGAUGAUAUUGUAUAGUAUUCGAUGAGGCAUGGUAAAAACUAUAAAAUAUUGACUCAAUAAAUCAAUUGACAUAAUUUAUAAGCAAAGCAGCUUAAUUGUGAAACAUAUGAAAGAUAUUUGACUUUUUUGUAGUCAGUAAAUGCGAUUUUAUCUGCUUGAUUCUAAGAUUCCAAUUGAGAUUGAGCGUUUCAAUAGUAUUUUUAAGUUAAUAAAUCGUUAAAUAAUCAGUUCCUGUCGUAAAUGCGCAAUUAAUAAAAUAUUAUUUGAAGGUAGAAUAUAAUUUACUGUUAAAGAAAAAUCCAACUACCAGCAAUAUCAUCAAUAUUUCACGGUACAGUGUCUCAGUUGGCCAUAUUGGCUUCUAGAAAAUGGUCCUGUCAGAGCAGCGGUAGAUCCCUCACUUUAGAGAUUCUUUAACAUUCCACUUUAGAUUAUAUUGCUAAUAAGUAUGUGUACAUAAGGAUAAAAAUUAUGUAAAUUGCAUGUGUUUCUUAUACUUCAAAGUUAUUUUCCAUUCUAUAUUCCUUUUGUACAUAUAUUUAUGAGAGAUCAACUAAAAGACUUAUCCUUCGUGUGACUAGUGUCUAGGUCCCAGCGUAAGAAUGUGGGGGAGUCUUGAUAAAACUGAUUUUAAAAACUACUCAUGAACUCCAAUAUACAUAUACAAUAAUAAUAUAUAUUAAAUUUUUUACUAUAGCAAAAUCCCUGUAAGUAUUCCUGUAUUGACUAAAAACAUAUCUAAAAUAUAUAUUAAGAAAUAGCCUUAGCAGUCUUAAAAACUAAUUUCCAUAUAUUUUAUCAUCACACUUGUAUACCCAACUUUUGCAGUAUUGAACACAAAGUCAUUAUCAUAAAGGAAAAUUAUAUUUAUACAAAAUGGAAUGGAUAUAUUGUUUAAUGUAAUUUCAUAUGAACUAAUAAUAACAGCUGAUACGUUACCUUUUAAAGGGGAACGACCCCUAAUUGCACUUUUUAAAUAACAUGUAUAUACUAUAUUGUUUAGUACAGUCUACAAAAUAAUGAUAUUAUUUGAUAUAUUUUAUUUUCAGUAUUAUACAAUCUCAAAAAUAUUUCUCAAAUUAUAAAAUCAUAUUUAUAUGAUAAUAUUGGGUUCAUUGAAUAGUUUUUAAAAUUAUUUAGAUAUUGGCUUUACUUUUGCUGUUAUUUGGUAUUUGCUGCCGCGUAAAUAGAGAUGACUGUUACACUCAGUUAGAUUGUAGGAAUCGGGCUGAACCAUCUAUAUAAUGUAUAUAGUGGCAUAUAUCUGUAUAAUAAGAUGUAUAGUAAGAAUGAUGAAAUGUACUUAAUAUCAUAUUUUUAUUACUUUAGCGUCUAUACCCUCUAAUGUAGUCAAUAUCACGAUUUAUUUAUUAAUUUAGAUUAUCCGCAAUUUUGUUUUUAAUUCCUUUUAUCGUUUGACCAAUUUAAAUUUACCAACGUCCCUGUUUUGUAAAUGAAGAAUAAAGGAUUCUCACAAUCAAAAUACUAGUUGUAACAUUGUUAACAGAAUUGACUGUAGAACAUAAACCUUGUUAUUUAAGUUUCUACUAACCUUUUAGAUUGUAGUAAAUUGUACCGCCUCCCUAGCUCAGCGGUAUAACGCAAAGCGUGGAGGUCCUGGGUUCUAAUCCCAGGGCAAUUAGUUAAUGCUGUCAAUUCUAUUGUUCCUUAUUAAGUUUGAGUUGCAAUGUACAAAACUAUACAAAUUUACUUUUGUAACUAUUGCAGAUUCUAUAUUUAUAUAUCCUUAACAAGUAUAAUUAAAUGAAAUGUCAUAAAAUUCAGUUUCUUCCAUAAAAUCAAUUCCAAUAUUAAUUUUAAAUUCUAUCCAAUGAAAUUAUUAUGUUUAAAUUAACUAAUGCAAGGACAGUAUGCCGACAUUGAUGAACCCAACCUAAUCCUUUUGGGACAUCUGAUCUAAUUACAUACAACCUCAAACUUUAGGGCUGAUCAGCAUUAUUAGUAGAAUCUAUACCUUUAAUUAAGUAGCUGCUAUGUUUGAGUGCAGUUUGUGUGGGCUUAUUCUAUUCUACUAUUCUAUUCUAUUCUUAUACAAUUCUACCUUAACUAACAUACCAAACUUUAAACAUUUUUUUCCCAAUGUGUAUCAUUAACUAAGUAAUAUGUCUGUAUGGUUUAAAAUAUUUGAUUAAUAAAAUUUAAUACAUAUCUCCACAACUCAGUUGGUUAAGACCUAGUUGAAUUCCAAGGUCCUGUUAAUGCUAAAAUGUUUCAAGGUCUUUGUAAAUCCCAUUAAUUUUAAAUGCACGUGUUUUUCACUUUUUUUUACGCAUGAGCUUCGCAGUACGCAAUUUGGUGCUUUAUUUUAUGUAAGUCUAGAAGGCCCUCCACGUGAGAUGAUUUAAAGCUAUGUGAAAGAUGUACAUAAUGAUUUUAUGUAAAUUGGUUAAUAAAUAUGUGAGAAUGUUUAUAUAAUCA